AUGACUCAUGCAUCAACAGCGCGUCGGGAAAGGGCGGGGAAUGAAAGACCGUUCACCUGUCCUGUGUGCGGAAACUUAUAUUCCUCUCAAAGAAAUGUGAACCGCCACAGGUCUGUUCACGAAGGGCAGCGCUUUGCUUGCGAGAAAUGCUCCAGAAGUUUUGCAUCAAAUCAAAAACUUAACAAGCACAAGUGCGCUGCCUGCUCGCAACACCGGCUUUCGGAAUACCGUUGUAGCAAAUGCCCCGAGGUGCUCCCCUCUCCCCGUGACUUGGCCGUGCAUUUUCGACGGUGUCAUUCUAGCGGCGCAACACAGACGUCGCGUCAUGACGCACGGCCGUCUACCUCUAGAGCAGUACCGGUUAGUGGAGGGACAACCUCAACAAACCAGCCUACACCGUCCACCUCCUCGGGGCAGGUUGCAAGGGCGGGAAACUCUCGUGCUAGUGGAGCUCCCUCAUCGUCCCGCAUCGCAGCAUCGGAUGGUUGUACUACCUGCCGGACGUGUCAUAGGCGUUUCGAGGAUCGGUUGUCUCUCUACCGUCAUCAGAUGAUAGAGGGACACCGUGUCCUACCAUCGCAGUCCGGCGGGAGUAUGGAUACCGAUGCUGUUGGUAGUGAGCUCCAACCACGCCCAUGGGGAGAAGGUCCCGCCCCGUGGGUAGAGGAGAGCACUGGCGAGGUGACGGAGCCCGGACUCCAGGAAGCCUAUCACCUGGACGCUCCCUUCAUCCUCACACGGGACCAACUCGGGGAGGUGUUUUCUACCUACAACCUCCCCGUCAGCAACAACUUUUCGAUAGGUGAGUUGAUGGAACGCGCUAGGGAAAUCUAUCAAUCGUUAAGUUAUAGUUUUAGGUUCAAUCUAGCGUUCAGUGUCAUCCUGCGUCACGUGGAGACGGGACGCUAUCGCUAUUUCCAACCUUACGCUGUCGAUCCGCUCUUUACUACUCCUCUCUAUAUCACCGAGCUGAGGGAUCUCGAACGGUUGCGUCAGAGACUGGAAAGUUUAGAUGUGAUGUCUUAUCUAUUGAAACAACGCCCCGAUACCAAAUGGAAACCCGUGUAA